AUGGAAGAAGUGCCAGAAAUUCCUGGUCAACUUCCACUACUGGCGGUUUACCCUGACCACAAUGUCAAGGCCAGUUUGCCGCCUGCUGAAUGGGAUGCUUGUGUCGACUCAUGGCUCGUUAGUAUCGAAGUCCGUCUGAGGCUGCAGGAGGACCAUUUUUUGCAACUGAAGCUGUCACAGUCGGCAAGUGGCGCUCCCUUUUUGGCGUCGCUGUUUAAAGCCAGUCGAGAUGCUGGUCCCGCGUCAUCGAGGCCUCAGAAGGAACGGUUGCUGCUGAAACGGGCCUACAUGCUCUUGAGAAGGCUGUUGUUGGCAACUAAAGUACCAUUCGACUACGGCAAUGCAGACCUGCUGGAUCUCUUGUGUCUGGCUAGUCAUCAGUAUGCUUCGGUCGCAGAUUGGAGGGCAACAGUGAAGACGCUCUGGAAAAGGGAUCAAAGUCAGAUGUCCGGUGCAGUGGAGGCUUGGAAGAAUGUUUGUAUUGGGGAGCUUUCGGCUCCGCGCCCAGAUUCGGAAGCGAUACUACAGAAAUAUCGCCAGUUCAACGCCUUUUUGAAAGUCUCGCCUGACGCUGGGCUCAUUCUGAUGACAGGCUCGGAUUACCUCGAAUCGCUCUUGGAGGCAUACAGCAAUCUGCAGGGCGCCAGUAUACAGAGGAUACUAACAGAACAUAUCUUUUAUUGCUUGCGGAGUCUCAUGUCAGAUGGCUUACCGCAUGGCUCCCUGCUUCUUGAUCACCUUUACUUCACGAAGUCCGAGGCCGACAGGAUGUCAAAGUCGCAUCCCGGUUCGCCCACUCUGUGCUCGAGCUUGGUAUGCACAACGUCUUUCCUGAGGCAUCUUGCGGCGGAUGACUUGGUGAAUGCCAGCAAACGCGGCCAAGCGUUGAUCGACUCUCUUACAAAUUACCGCCAGAACACGGCGCACUUGCAUCCGCCUGCCGGGUCUCGGAAACGCAAGGUGAACAAAGGCAAAGGCAAGGCUGAUGUUCAGGCCGAGAUGCACGUACAUAAGGCUUCGCAGAUAUCCCAAGUGCAUGAUCUUUUCCCGAAUUUGUCGAGCCAUUACAUUCUCCGGCUGCUUGACCAUUUCGACGAUGAUGUCGAAGCAGUGAUUGCUGCUCUGCUUGAGCCAGAAUCCCUUCCUCCUAACCUCCGCGAUGCGGGCCCGCCAGACGAAUCUUUGCCAGACUUUGAUGGCCCUCACCACGAUCUUGCUCCAAGGCCAACACCUCCUUUGCUUCCUGAAAGAAAGAACGUUUUCGACGGUGAUGAAUUUGACAAUCUUCGAAUAUCGUCGGACCGUCUUCACAAGGGCAGGAAAGAAAUCACGCUGGAUCAGAAUGGCACGAGUGAUGAACAUGCUCGACGGAAAGCAGCCAUUAUGGCGGCUCUGGCGGCUUUCGAUUCAGACGAUGAUGAGCGAGACGACACUUAUGAUGUUGCCGAUGUUGGCGGGACUGUAGACUCUACCGUCGAUACAGAUACCCGACCUCGGCCGGAGAAUGGACCUCACCAGAAUCCGUACGAAGAACUACUCUACCGAGCGUGGAAGGGCAAUGAAGAGCUGUUUGCCCGAGACAGCAAGACUCGAAUGUCCAAGGUCCGGCAAGACCUCAAACGCGAGACGGGAAUGACCGAUGAGCAGAUCGAGGGCUGGGGAGUCAUGCUCAAGAAAGAUCCCCGGAGGCAAGACCAGCUUGAAAAGAAAUACUCGGCAUCGCAAGCGUUUAGGGGCAACCAACCUGCCCUUGCUACAACGAAAUGGCAUGGUGAAAAUGCUGAAGAGAGCGAGGAUGGUGAGAGUGGCUCAGCUGGUCGUACUAAUGCGGCAUCAGGGAAGCCACGAGGAAACCGCUCAUCGGGUCGAGGGCGGGGAGGUAGUACUGCCGGUCCUAGUAACGAUGCAGCCACGCAAGCGGCGAGAAGGAGAAAGGAACAGGGCAGAGGGCGAGGCGGGGCGAAUCACGGCCGACGAGAGGGUCGGGCGCGCAAAAUGGGCAGAGGAAUGACUGGCCCUACAGGAUGA